AUGAAUAUCGAUAAUGUGAUAAAAAAUGAGCAUACUGCUAUAGUUAAUAAAACAGAUAUACAAGAAGGGGGGAAUCUAUCAAAAGAAAAAAAAACAGAUGAAAUGAAUUUACUAAAUAAUCAAAACAAAGAAGAUAGAGAAUUUCGAAGGAAUAAAUCUAUUUCCACUUAUUCGCCAGCAUAUAUAUCUGAACCUGUAUAUCAAUGGGAGGUUUCAAAGAAUGAUCGUAUUUUUUAUGACAAAAUAAAUGAUUUUAUAAUACAUCAAAAUGUCUUAACUAAGGCCCUUUUAGUAACUGAUAUUAAAAAAACUGAAGAAAAUUAUAAAGGUGUGUAUGUAAAAUUUGAUAAGAAUUUGUGUGAACAUAUUUGUUUUUCAGCUAACAAAAGUUUUUUUCUUUAUUAUAGUAUUAACCCAAAUAUAAUAGAAAUAUCAGAUAUUUUAAAUAAUCAUAAUAUAUAUUUAAGUGUAGAAAUAAAUAAAUUAGAUGAAUGUGAAAUAUUAAGUGCAUUUUGGUUAAUUGAUAAUACAUUAAAAGAAUUAAAUGAAAAUAUAAGUAGUUCAGAUUUUGUAAUUGUAACUAAUAAUUCUAUAGAAAUAUUCAAUAUAUCUUUUGAUAAUUUAAUUGUUAAUCCAUUAAAGAAACAUUAUGUUAAGUCAAAAUGUUCUUGGCAUAAUGAAAAUACAUCUUAUAUAGCUUUAUUAUCAUCAACUAAAAAUAAUGUCGUACUACCUUACUUAUUAAAUAAUAACAAUGCAAUAAAACUUCCAAAAAUCGAAUUAAAUAUAACAAAAAAUGAUCAUAUUAAUAAAAAUGAUAUUGAAAUAAUUAUACUAUAUAAUGAGACAUAUUGUAUACAUAAAGAUUUUAAAAAUGGAAGAAUAUCAUUUCGAUGUUUAUCAUCAACUGUUUAUUUUGACUAUGUCCUUGAUUUAUUUGCAAGUGGAAUGGUCGAUACUUUUUGUAUAAAUAAUUUAUUUGGCGUUUUUAAUUAUAUAAAUGAACAAAUCUAUAUAUUUGAUAUUAAAUAUAAAAAAAAAAAUUCAAUUACUUCUCUGAAUAAUAAUACUGUUAACAUUUCCUAUUUAACAUCUCCAAAAUCAUUUAAAAGGAAUAUCAAUUGCAAUUAUAUUUUUUUUAAAUCUCCCAAUAUAAUCAUUGAUGCGCAUUAUGGAAAUAUAUACAGCAUAAAUAUUGACUAUGAUAUACUAAUGUUACAGAUUUGUCAGCAUUUUUCAAACUUGAGCACAUCUGUUGAUGUUUUGUUAAGAAGGCCACAUUGCAAAAAAAGAAUAACAGAAAUGUUUUUUUUAGCACUAGAAAAUUAUAUAAAAAUAGAAGAUUUUUUAACUAUUGUAAAUAUAAUAAAUAUUAAUUAUAGGAAGUUAAUUGAACAAUGUGCAAAGAAAGGUAAAUGUUCUACAACAAUAAAAAAACAAAAAAAUAAAAUUAUUCAACUAUUAGGUGAAGUUUUAAAAAAUUUGGAUGGUAAAACGUUAAUUACUGAGAAAGAUAUAGUUACAGAAGUUUUUCAUCCUUUUAUCGUAAAAAAAUAUAAUUUAAAUAAAAAAGAAACAUUAUUUAACCUUUCAAUAAAUUUUCUUGAAAUGAAAAUGGACAAAAAAAAAAACAAAGAGGGUUUGUUUAACAAAAGUGCCAAAAUAAAAACCCAAAGUAAAAAAAGUGACGAUAAAAAUAUGAAUUUGGAACAAAUAAAAAGAGGAGAUACUAUUAAUGAAGAAUUGAAACAAAUCUCAAAUUUUGUGAAUAUCCAAAAUUCAAAUGAUAAUAUAAUUAAUUCAGAUAAUUAUGUUAGUAUACAAAAUAACAAAAAGGAAAGUAUUUAUCAUGAAACCUUAAAUUAUUCCGAAUUACAAAAUACUUCACUAUUUUUAAUAUACAUAUUAGAAUAUAUGAAAUCCUUGUUAUAUUUAAAUAUUAUACCUAAUAGGAUUUUACAAACUUUUAUAUUUGAUGUUUGUAUUUUUUUUAAACAAGAUAAUUUCUUGAGGCAAUUACUUCAAUUUUAUGUUAUAUCUGAUUCUAUUGAAGUAACUAAAAGAUUAUUCCAUUAUUGGCAGUUUACAAAAUAUGUAUGGGCAUAUCAGUUUUGCUUAGAUAUGUCUUUAAGAUUAAAAGAAUACGAAAUGGUUGUUCAUUUAUUUUUAUCGGCUAAAAAAUAUUUAAAAAUUAUCAAAUUUUUAAGAAAUUACAAUUUAACAGAUUAUCCAAUUUCAGUUAUUUUUCAAGCUAUAGAAAAUGAUUUAGAUCCUCCAAAAAAAUAUAUCAUAUUAAACAAUGUCCUUUUUUCAUUAAACAAAUGGAUAAUUGACUCCGACAAGGACCCCGUGAAAUAUCCUUUUCCAAAUUUACAGAAUUGCGAGAAGUGGGUUCGAUUAGUGGAAGAUGCAUAA